UGAUGCGCCGCACCGGCCAAUGGGCGCGCGGGGAGGCGCGGGCCGCGGCGGCGGGCUGGGGGCUCCGAGCUCCCGGGCGUCAGUCUGGCCGCGGCGACGGCGGCAGGAGCGCGUCCCGGCGUCGCCUCGGGCUCCGCUCGGCUUGGGGGCUGCUCGGGGAGGAGGAGAGCCAGGCGAGGCGCCAGGCCCGCGGGCUGGGCGCAUGGCUUAGGGACGCCCCCGGCCGCCGCAGCCCCAGCAUGGGGAAACUUCACUCCAAGCCGGCCGCCGUGUGCAAGCGCAGGGAGAGCCCGGAAGGUGACAGCUUCGCCGUGAGCGCCGCCUGGGCUCGGAAGGGCAUCGAGGAGUGGAUCGGGAGGCAGCGCUGCCCGGGCGGCGUCUCCGGACCCCGGCAGCUGCGGUUGGCAGGCACCAUAGGCGGAGGCACCCGGGAGCUUGUGGGCGACGUGUUGAGAGACACACUCAGUGAGGAGGAGGACGACGACUUCCGGCUGGAAGUGGCCCUGCCUCCUGAGAAGACCGACGGGCUGGGCAGUGGAGAUGAGAAGAAGAUGGAGAGAGUGAGCGAACCCUGCCCGGGCUCCAAGAAGCAGCUGAAGUUUGAAGAGCUCCAGUGUGACGUGUCCGUGGAGGAGGACAGCCGGCAGGAGUGGACCUUCACCCUGUAUGACUUUGACAACAAUGGCAAGGUCACCCGAGAGGACAUCACCAGCUUGCUGCACACCAUCUAUGAGGUGGUGGAUUCCUCCGUCAACCACUCCCCGACAUCGAGCAAGAUGCUGCGGGUGAAGCUCACAGUGGGCCCCGAUGGCAGCCAGAGCAAGAGGAGCGUCCUUGUCAAUCAGGCCGACCUGCAGAGCACGAGGCCCCGAGCAGAGACCAAGCCGGCUGAGGAGCUGCGGAGCUGGGAGAAGAAGCAGCGAGCCCCACUUAGGUUCCAGGGUGACAGCCGCCUGGAGCAGUCUGGCUGCUACCACCAUUGCGUGGAUGAGAACAUUGAGAGGAGAAACCACUACUUAGAUCUCGCCGGGAUAGAAAACUACACCUCCCAGUUUGGGCCUGGCUCCCCUUCUGUGGCCCAGAAGUCAGAACUGCCCCCCCGCACCUCCAACCCCACUCGAUCUCGCUCCCAUGAGCCGGAAGCCAUCCACGUCCCACACCGAAAGCCCCAAGGCGCGGACCCAGGCUCCUUCCACUUCCUUGACACCCCAAUCGCCAAGGUCUCGGAGCUCCAGCAACGGCUCCGGGCCACCCAGGACGGGAGCAAGCACUUUGUGAGGUCCCCCAAGGCCCAGGGCAAGAGCGUGAGUGUGGGCCACGUGGCCAGAGGGGCAAGAAACAAACCACCUCUGGGACCCGCCGUCCCUGCGGUGUCCCCCUCCGCCCACCUGGCCACCAGCCCAGCCCUCCUCCCCUCCCUGGCUCCCCUCGGGCACAAGAAGCACAAGCACCGAGCCAAGGAAAGCCAGCAGGGCUGCCGGGGCCUGCAGGCACCGCUGGCCCCAGGCGGCCCGGUCCUGGGGCGGGAGCACCUUCGGGAGCUGCCUGCCGUGGUGGUGUACGAGAGCCAGGCUGGGCAGCCAGUCCAGAGACAUGAGCACCACCACCACCACGAACACCACCACCAUUACCACCACUUCUACCAGACAUAGAGCGCCUCCCCAGGGCCCCACCCCGCCAUAUGAAGGACCCUGCCCCCAACACCCCAAGGCAUUAUUAUUCUAUUAAUUAUUGUUAUUAUGACGAUUAUUGUUAUUAAUAAUUAUUGUUACUCCACUAAUAUUUAGCUAGCCUUCAUGUAGAAGAUCUAUGGAAACACAGAACUAAACUUUUAUUUAUAUGUUGUGGGGACUGCAUAACUAGCCCAGGAAAUGACUCUGGUUUGGAGUGGCCUGUAAUGGGCAGAGGCUCCCUCAAGGCUCAGGAGCUGCAGCGUCGUCUGUGCGGAUCAGCCCAUACCCUUCCCAGAGCCAGGGAGCCCUCAGCCCCAACUCUGCCCUACCCCAGCCUCUUCCAGGAGAGUCCCCUUCCCUGGCCCAGCUUCCAGAGACCCUCGAAAUCUCCGAGAAGAUAAACAGCUGCUACCUCUCAGUAUUAUCCUGAUUUUAUUUUGCCCUUAACUGAUUGUAAUGUGCUACAAGGGAUUUCAGUGGACUGCAGAGCGAGAACUUCUUGCUGUUGUGUUUUUAUGUCCCAACCUAGAAACCUUAGCUGUCUUUUCUGGAGUUGUCUUUCAUGCUUUUCCAGUGAAAUCAAGCCCUUACCCCCAAAGCAGUCCCAUCUCUUUUGCCAUGCACAACAUGAAAAUCCACUUCUCUUCCUCCUCCUCCUCCUCCUCCUCCCCCCCCCCCGUCGUCCUCCUCCUCCUCCUCCUUCUCCUCCUCCUCCUCUCUUUUUUAGAGCGAUACACAUGCACAUAUUUAAGGACUAUCGCUGAGACCAUCCUUCUCAUUUUGGAAACUGCUAGGGAGGAAACCAACCACUUAAACAAGUGUGGUUUUCCAAGAUCCAGGCAAUUGUGUGCUGUUGGUUGUGGUGGAGGAUGUGGCAGAUAUAUAUGUACCUCCACGGUUCUCUAACAGAGCUUUCUGUAUCUAUAGAUAGAUGCCAUCUGUCCAUUUCUAUGUAUCUUUCUAUAAAUAUGUACUCUCAGGUAUCUUUUCUGGUGUGUAGAAAUCAGUGGUUUGCUUCUCUGGACACUUCUGGAGCUCAGAUGUGACCCUGCUUGUCUCCUUUUGGGACUGGAGGGCUCUCAGAUGCUUUCAUCAGAGGUCCAUUCUCGGGUUGCAGGGUCUGACGGAUUUUGGAGAGAACUGCUGGGGUACAGAAGCUUGGAGGGAAAGGGGGACUGUGGCCUGAGUUGAGACUCUGGAGCAGCGUCCUCUGCAGAGAAGGAUUUUGUCUAGCCAGAGCCUGGAGAAACCUGAGAAAGAAACAGUCAGCUAGCCAGGGUCUCAGAGAAAAGCAGAUCACACACUCAAAUUGGAUAAUUUGAGCAGAGUUUUUAAUAAAGGCAAUAUUUACAAAGUGUGGCUAAGCCUCCCGUGAGAGUGCAGAACCCUGAAGCUACAGUGUGGGGCGCUACUCCCACCCCUGGGCCUGAGUGGGGAAGGAGUUAUCUUUAGCAGACAGGAAUGCUGGAGGAGUGAGAGGGGCACCUGAGAGCUGUGACCUUUGCUCAAAGGAUGCAGCCAGUCAUGGGACCCUCCAGGGAAAUUAACAUUCUGAGCCACUUUCCUGCCUCCUCUCAAUCCAGUGGCUGAGGCUGCUAGAAGCCACUGGGCCAAGGGGGCUUGUUGAUAUGGCUCACAUGGGCAUGUUCCCAGGUCAGAGAGGAGAGCGGAGAGUGAAUCUAGAGGGACACAAAAGGGAGAAGCAACUCCAGCUGCCUUUCUUUCUGCUGUUUUUUCUCGCAGCUGGGAUCCUCUUUUCCAGGGCUUCGAGUUUGGGUUUAAUGUAGUUAGUAAGGAGUUACUUCCAAAGGCAGUGGGCUUAGUUGUCACCAUAUUAUUAAUUUUAUUAAUGACUGAUGUGCCUGGGAUUGGAUUAAUACAUUAAUCCUUAGGACAGCCCCAUGAAGCAGCUUGGUGGCGGCUCACGGAGCAUGUCUGAGGCUUAGAAGCUUGUAACUCCCUUGAGACCACACAGCGGGCAGAGCUGGAUUCUGGUCUCCCACUCGCCAUUGGUGCAGGGCUUAAUCAUGGCCAUGUGCUUCUUUUGGGUUGUGAGUUUCUGUUCAGUGAGAACUCAGCUCAGUCCAAAGUGAACAAAACCAAGUUGGGAGGCAGGGAGGGAGCUGGCUUUGAGAUGACAGGGCCCAGGAUGUGAAUGCAGCUGAGACAGGUUCUCGUACCUCCCUCUUGUCCCCUGGAUUGAUACUUGUGCCCAAUUACAUGCUUGGUCAGGGAACCCUGGCUUCUGGCAUUCUGGGUCCCCUAACCAUAAGGAAAAGGUGCUUACAUUAGUGUAAAUUCCAGGGCAGGAUUCUGAUUGGCUGGGCUUAGCUCUGGUACCCAUAGCUGAUCCAAUCAUGUGACCGCUGGGGUCACAUGGCCAACCUACCACAAGAGGGUGGGGUCUGUACUGGAAGACAGGAGGGAACAGGUGCAGAGCAGACAGGAAGUAAUGGUGUUCCAGGCUCUGAAUUGCUGCAACCCUGGAGGCCAGCUGGGAGUUGGGACUACUGGUUUUAGAACAGUUCCUCUGCCUCCCUGAGCUUCACACCUGUCAGGAUUCUGUUACUUCUUGGAAACUGGGACUUGCCCAAUUUUAAAAACAUUAUUUAAAAAAAAGUAAUGUGCACAUGUAAAAGAUUCAAAUAGUACACAGGUGUACAGUCAAAAGUAAAAUUCCCUCCAUCCCAGGCCUGCCAGCAUCCCUGAUGCCAGCUUUCUGGGUGUGGUCUAGGGCCUCAGUGUAGUGCGGGGGUUGUGAGCACAGACUCUGGCGCCAGCUUGCUGGGUUCAAAUGCUGUCUCCCUUUUUGUAGCUCUGUGCUUCAAGUGAAAUACUGUGCCUCAGUUUCUCCUUUAGAAAGGCGGGGCUCAUGGCAGUGCCUGGCCUGUGUGAGAACUAUGAAAGUGUUAGCUGUUCUUUACCAGAAUAAAUACAUUUAUAUAUCUCCCAUAUGCAUUUUGUUAAUUUUUAAAAUAUUUUAAACACAAAGUUUGAAACAGGCAAUUGUGUAACAGUAACUGUGAACUCACCUCCCAGAAUUUACAAAUGCUGACAUUUCACAAUAUUUAUUUCAGAUCUAUUUUUAAGGGGGAGAAAAAAAACCCUGCAGUUACUGCUUAAUCCUCUUCCCACCCACCCUUUUAUUUUCACACAAGGAGCAUAGUGUUCAUACUUAUGCCGUUUUUUUCAGUAACUGAAUAUAUUUGGAGAUCUCCCUCCCUAGGUCAUAGAGCUCUGCCCCCUUCUAGCAGCUGCUCAGCCUUCUGUGACUAGAGGUGCUGUCACCAGCUUGCCCCGUCCCCUCUUGGUGGUCAUAAGGGUCACCUGUCAUCCCAGGCUCAGUGCGGAAAGUUCUUGCACAUGGCUGUCCCUGUGCUGAGGGGCAAGAGUGCAGGAGACAGAAAGUGUCCACUUGGAACCGUGGAGUUCAAGAGCAAGUGUGGUUUCAAUUUUGAUGCGAUUGUACAUAACCUCUAAAAGAGGUUAACUGGCUGGGUGUGGUGCCUCAUGCCUAUAAUGCCAGCAUUCUGGGAGGCCAAGGUGGGUGGAUCACCUGAGGUCAGGAGUUCGAGACCAGCCUGGGCAAUAUGGUGAAAUCCCUCUCUCUACUCAAAAUACAAAAAGUUAGCUGGAUAUGGUGGUGUGCACCUGUAAUCCCAGCUACUUGGGAGGCCAGGCACGAGAACCACUUGAACCUGGGAGGCAGAAGUUGCAGUGAGCCAAGAUUGCGUCAGUGCACUCCAGCCUGGGUGACAGAGUGAGACUCUGUCUCAAAUAAAUAAAUAAAUAGGUUAUACUAAAUAAUGAAGAAUGGAAGGAAGAAGAAAGAGAGGAAAGAAGGUUGGAAGGAAGGGAGGAGGGAAAACUAGAAGGGGAAACCGUGCUUUCUGGUGAGGCUUCGAGUACAUUUUCCUGCAGGCUGGUGUGGGUGAGAAGUUUGGUCCUGCCUGCAACUCUUCUGAAGGCCAUUCCAGAGGAGCAGCUGCCACUGCCCCGGGCCCCUGAGCUCUGAGCAUGGGGGGUUCCCCUGGGGAGACGCGUGGCAAGAGAAUGCCAAUUUCUGCUGAUCUGUUACUGUGUACCGAGGCCUGGGUGUGUUUAAGGCAGACAGCCAGGUGAAGAUCCCAGGUAUCGGCCUGCUGUCAUCUCCUAGGAGUGCCCGGGGGACGGAAGCCUGGGGGAUUCUUGCACUUAGCAUCCAGCCAUGCUAAUUACACUUUUUGGCAAAGGAAACAGCUAGGAGCAGUUUCUUUCACUCACCCAACGCUGUUUUCUCAGUGUUUAGAUCUCAAAUCAUUACUGGGCUAGAGGGAGGGCAGCCCAGUAGUGUGGCAGGAGGAGGAGAAGGCUGCCUGCACCUUGGUGUGUCUGUCAGAUGCCAGCACUAAUAACCUGGCUUCUGUGAGGCCUGUCAGUGCUCUCGGGAAUGAAAGGGGGCCCUUGAGAGGUGCUCAGUGCCAGCAGGCUGUGAACGCCCUCCACCUAGCACCCCUGCCUCCUCGUUAAAGAUGGUGUUACCUGUCACAUAGCAGACACCUGGUCACUGCACACCCAAAAGGCCCCAAGGCAGCCUUGCCCCUCAUCCAGUCACACCCCAGCACCCGCCCUCCUGGCCCCUGCCUUGGCCUCCUCAGACCAGCUGCACCCAGCCCCCCACAUGCACCCCUUCUUCAGAUGUGUGCAGGGCUGCGUUUUACAGAGCAAAGACAGAUGUUUCAACCACACACUUUAUUAACUUCUAAAAGCUGUGCUCAGGACACCUUUCCUGUCAUUAAAAGUUUGAUCACUUGCUACAUUCAUGAUCUUUAUGUGGGGCUCUGAUCUGGUGUUCAGUCUAACCUCUCCCAAACCAGCAGUCCUUUGUACCCCACCUCUCUCCUCAGGGGCCCACACCCCCAAAUGACUUUCCUGAUUUGUGUAUUUCCCUGCAAAAGGCUUCCUUUACCUAGCAUCUGCCUCCAGCAUGAGAAGGGGAAUGAGUGCGACCCGUUUGCCAGUAGCAGACGGUGACCCGGGGGAGGAAAUGGCAGAGCCUGGCAGAGACUCCCCGUCUCCAAUUGACCAGCUGAUGGGAUUCCUCUUCCCUCCAGUGUCUCCCACAGACUAGAAGAAUCCUGGUACAUUUAGCCCAUGAGCCUGGCACAGAUUCCUACCUAGACAUGAGGCCCUCUAGACAUGACUUUGGCAUGCCAGCCUGCUGGCGGUGGGUUGGGGAGACAGAGGGGAUGCUCACACCAGUAAUUCUCAUCCCCCGAGUGCUUUGGAUCACCUGGGGAGAUUUCACAGAAUACUGGUGUGGGGGUUCCACCUCUGAUGAUGCUGAGUGACAGGUUUAGGGUGUGGCCCAGGCCUCAAGAUGUUUCAAGCCCCCAGGUGACUUCGUAGACACCCCAGCUAAGUCCCUAGAGCCUUGCAUCUUCCCCAGAUGACCUCAGAGGGCCCCAUUUGAGGGAAAUACCUAGCUUCAGUGACCAUAAGAAUCCCCCCCAGAGAGCAUGUGAAAUGCAGCUAUCAGGCCCACCCCUGGAGAUGAGCUAAGGUGGGUCAGGGGUGAGGUGCAGGGACCAGUGCUUUUCACAAGCUCCACACCUCCAAGGAAAUGCUGCUGUGGUCGGGUCCACAGCCUGCGACUCCGAGUCCUGUUGCCUGUGCCUUGGCGCAUGUGGGGUGGAAUCUCAGUGGCCCUGCCCCGAGGAGGAUGUGCAUUAAGGUGGUAGGAGAGGCAGAAAGAGCUCCACCUGCUCCCUGCCCCACCAGGGACCCCCAAAACCUUCAUGGAUGUUAGAGCAAGUGGCUAUGCCACAGCAGAGGAUGAGGCUGGAGAAUUUAGUAAGAGCCCCUUGUUUUGGGGCUGAGUUCUUUUUCUAGCUGCCCUGUCAUCUUUUUCUAGAUGCCAUCUGCCCCUGGAUAACCCACUUCUCCUCCCUUAUUGUAAAAUUACAGGUGUUUAAAGACAGCCACAUCUAGUGAGACCCCAAGGUCCUUCAACUAGGGUGGGUCCUGGUGUGUGGAGCACAUACUCACUUCCCUCCCCUGGCUCAGGACUAGGGUCUGAAAUGAGGGAGACAUGAGUGGCUUUCUGGAAAACUUCUCUUCCCAUCGUCCUGCUUUGCCUGAGGCCCUUGGUUAAGGCCAGCUUUGGGGAAUAGGGCUUGUAGUGAAUGCCAGCUAUCUCAUUUUGCUAUACUGCAAACCCAGGCUUGGUUCCAAGCUUAUGGGGGCCCUGCCUUGCCCCUAGUGGGGUUCAUUUUGGUGUCACAUCUGGUCAGACCCUUCAGAGAGCCCUUCCCCAGCCUCCAAAUCAGGGAAAGAGGAAGGGAGAGAGGAGCAUUCAAGGCUUAGAAGAAGGUCUAAAAUACAACAACCUCGGAGGAACUGCCAGGGUCCAAGGGCUGGCACUGGAGGAGGCAGCCCAGGACCCCCUGGGCUUCUGAGCUGGAGGACCAAGGCCUUCAGGGGCCCUAAGCACAGAAAGCAUCACUCCUCACCCCCACCCCAAGCCCUGGCAUCCCCCUGCGCUUUUAAAAUAACCAUUUUCUAGAUAUUUCUGAUGGCAAAAUUCUGGGUGAGUUCAGCCAAGCUGACCUUUGCUUUUUUCUUUCCCAACAAGGCCUUGCUUUUUGGAAUCAUCUUAGCUGGUACCCAGGCAGAGAGGCAGUCAUUCGUGGUCAUCGGGAUCCUGGCUCUGUGGGUUGCCUUCCUCCUGGUCUGCAAAGCCGCUGCAGACAGGGACUUCUUAGCUGCUUCCUUAGGUCGUGGCACAUAGUGGGUGGUUAAUGAAUGGAAGAGGGAAUGAGCGAUCGAGGGAGGCAGGAAGGAGGGGAGUGAAGAUUUCUCAUCCUUUCCUGUUCAUUGAAGACAGCCUCCUGCCUGUGAGUUCUUGACUCUGGAGUUUUACAAAGCAGUCACAUUUCAAAUAAAAGUCUGGGAAAGCAACACAGCAUCAUCAACUUUUAAGUUUGCUAAAUAAGGAUAUAAAAAAAGAAAAAAUAUUAGAAAAUUGCAGUCCCUUACUGUUUAAAGAAACCAAAAGAAGGAAAAACAUAAUUUAGCAUUAGUUAAAAAAAAAACAAAACAAAAAACCCCUCGCCCCCACCUCAUUGUGUUGUCUUUUUUCCCCCCUUGGAAACCAGUGAAAGUUUGGUCAACCACACACUGUAGUAGGGCUAGAGUUUCUCUUCCCAUUUUGGAGGUGGGAGAUCUAAGACCCCAGGUAGGGGUGUGGAGUCCAAAUGGACACUUCUUUCCAAAGCUGAGCACAGACCGACUCACAGGCCCUUUUUCCAGUCAUGGCCUCAGCAAAGCACUUGGGGGAGGCUGGCAUCUGUGAUGUCUGGAGAGGGGGUUUCUGGAACCCCCAACACUGGUCAGUAACUCCACAGAGGCCAUUGGUGGUGGUGGGGUCUGCUUGCAUCAGCAGACGUGUCAUGGCCAUUUCAGUGGUUGGCCCUGAGCUGUGUUUCUUGGUGCCUGGCAGAGGGGUUACAGCGGGCCGGAGGCCAACUUGCUCAGAGCCACACUUCCCAAGAAGCUGUAGGAUCUGGAACUCUGCCCUACCUUCCUGUCCCCUGCUCACUCUAAGCCUCCAGAAGUCAAUCCUCUGCUCACCGGGACCAUACCUAGCAUGGCCCAUUGAUGUGUCCUGUUUGACGUGUCCAGGGUUUCAAAAUUUUUGAAUUAAUUUCCAAAAUCUUAGGGUUUCAGCUAAAAACCUGGAUUUUUCACUUUUCUCAUAAAAAUCAGGAUGUGUGUUUACCCCAGUCCCCCUUUCCCACAUGGCUGUGAUCCGUCCGCUCCUUCUAGUGGUACACAUGCCUUUCUUAACGUGCCCGGAUCCCCUCUCAGCCUGAUUGUCAGGCCUGGCUUUGACAUGAUUCAGCUCAUGACCCCUGCACAGCCUCAAGCACCUAAUUUUUGAAGGUCAGUGAUGUCACUUAAAAGCCUGUUCAGGGCAGAGCAUUACACAGGAGAAUGGCUGAGGGAGCAGUUCCAGGCAAGGGAGGGUGUCCAUGGGGAAGUCUUUGGGAGCAGUCCUGGAGACCCUCACAACAUGGCCCCACUCCUCAUUUAGGUGGGGCGGGGUGGGCUGGAAGCCCCUGGCAAAGGGUCCCAGGCUGUGUGAGACCCUGCCCAGCACUCCUUAAACUGCCAAGAUAGGUGGAAAGCCCCAACUCAGAAGACUGGCUGGGUUGUACCUGGCUCAGUGACUUCCCCUCUUUGAGACUCAGUUUACUUUUCUGUAAAGUGGACCUAAUGAGGCCUGCUUGGCUUCAGCUCCAGCGACUUAGGAGACUUAAGCAAAGCAAGAAAUGGGGAAGGAGUUUAUUUAUGUCAGGAUCCCUGGAUGAAUGCCCUCAGGUCUCUUGGAGGGGGAAGCAGAAAGACUGCUGAUCGGGCAGGGGAUGGGGACUCCCUGGGUGUGCCCAUGGGCAGUCUCAGUAGGAGACUCAGGCCAGGCUCUGUCUGUGACUCCUGCCUCUCUGGCAGUCUCACUGCAUCUCACUGUUCAAGCUAGAGUCUGGUCCUUGCCCAUCAGCAGGUCCAGGAAGAUGUGGCCCCAAAUUGUCUGGACCUGAUGUCCUAGAUUCUAAGCACUUGGCUUCGUGGAUAGUUUGAGAAGGUUGCAGGAUCCAGUAGCUGGACCACAAAAUGCAGCUUGGGGGCUCAGCUAGGAUGGACAGACUGGCCCAUGGUUGAGACUUUGGACCUGAGCUGAGUCCUGGUUCUACUACUUCCCAGCUGUGUGACCUGAGACAAGUGACUCACCCUCUCUGUGGCUUGUUUCUUUUCUCUAACAUGGGGCUAAGUGGGGUAACUAUCUCUCUGAGCUGUUAUGAGUAAAUGAUCCAGUGGGCAUAAGGCAUCCAGCACAGAGCCUGGCAUGUAAUAGGCCCUUGAUAAGUAAAACAGGAGGUGCAGUCCUGACGGAUGAAGGGUACUUGCCCCCUACCCCUGUUGCAAAGCCCCCUGUGAGGCAGCUGCUAUGGCAUGCCACCUCUGCUACACACUCAAGAAACACUUAAGGAUAUGACUUUUCCCUCUCAAGUUUGAUGGGGUCACUCUGUUCCUUCUAGACAUGACUUGUGAUGUGAACUUGGACAAGCCCCUGCUGUCUCUGGCCUUCAACACCACAUUUGUAUCAUGAAACUGCCCUUGGCUUGAAGCUAGACCAUGGGGGUGGCAGCUCUGAGUCCUACAAACAGUAGGGGCAGUGGUGGGGAUGGGCAGCCUGAAGGCCAUGCACAGCAGUGCCUUCCUUGGGGAAAGGGGGGACCUCUGGAGCAGUUGGCUGCCCUGCAUCUCAGACUGUCCUUACCCAGCUCCUGAGCUCCAAGGUCACUGAGGAGUCCACAUUGCCAUAUCUGCCUCUUACAGGGUGCCUACUGCACGCCCAGCCUACAUUUGCUAAUGUCCUCAAAUCCCCAUUGAGAGGAAACCAAUGAGGAAACAGAAUUAUAGUUUAAUUAAGUAACCUACUUAACUUGUGGCUAAUGCAUGGUAGGGUUAAACACAAGCCUGACACCUGUCCCUGUGGAGAAGCUGCAAGCCAUGUGACCCUCCCUUUCCAGGAACCUGUUGGCAUUGAUACAGGUUGACAAAGACCAGUUCUACUCCUUUGUCUGCCAUCACUCCAGUCAAAUCCAGGGACAUGUGAGGCAAAGGGAGCUCUGGGAGGUGGGGCUGCUGGUGUGGCUGAGACCCCAACUUCAGCAAGAUGGUACCCCAAGCUCUCAGGGUGCCCUGUGGUCUCCUUCAGUCAGAGCAUUGAUCAUGUUUGUAACUGUGGUUGAUUCUUACCCAUCACAGUAGUUACAUCUUAUAAAGUUGCCUCCAAAACUGAGUUAGCACAUACUGAACUAUUGUUCCUAGGGGAAAAUACAGGGCUAGGUUCCUGCAAGCUUCUGGUCAUAACUUUUUCAUUGCCAAUCAGUGCAAAGGCUUGUUUCAUGUGCGUUUCAUGAAAGAUGAUUGAUUUACUAUAUAUUCUCGAUUCACUAACAUUGAACUCAGCCAACAGCUCUAUAACUCAUGACUGAACAAAGCUUAUCUAGCACACGUGUUUUCUCUAUAAGGCAUAGCAGAGCCUUCCGUGAGCUUAAGAGCACAAGACGGCACUUCAAUGCCAGGCCUGGGGAGCAUUUUAAGCAGCCGGAUCACCAACACAAAGCACAAACAUGCACAAAGCAUGAUGCUAAGUAGACCGUGAGAAGGAUGUUUGCUAUAGGAUGAGAACGGAACCGCGAAGGCAGAGCGUCACCUUGUUCAACCUCAGCUGAGAACAUGUGGUCAGGCCACUCACACUUUUUGCUGUUCUGUGCAUGUCACAAACAAAAUGAAUGCACCAUGAGUAUUAAUUUCAGGUUACAGACAAAUUUUAGUGAGUAGGUGAUUUUGCAAAUGCACGGAGGUGAGGAUCUACCAUAUGUACUUAUCUUUGCCUCUGAUUAUUUGGUUUCCACCCAAGCACCUGUUCAUCAGAUUGUCUUGUAAUCCCAAAGGCCCAGCAAAGACAAGUGCUUGUUCAGUGUCUCUUGAGUGACUGAAGAACAACACACUCCUGGCCUCCCUACCCGCCCUCAGCUAGACCUAGCCCAUAGCCUGCUGUUGACACUCCAUGUGUCUUUGUUGAUCAGAUUCAUAAAGACAGAUGGGAAAGCGGUACCCCUCUUGCAGGGCCCUGAUGCUAAGACUUGUUGAAUGUUGAUGCUGCCACCAGAGAAGCGUGACAGGAUGCAGACAGACUGAAACCUGGAAUCUUCUGGGGACAUUCAGAUGGUGUCACUGGACUUGGCCUGUGGGCUCUCAGCACAUCUAGGUACAGGGGCCCAGGGUGACUCUGAGUGGUUGAAGUCCCCUGGCCAGAUGCCCUUCAAACGGGCCCCUGGCCAUCUUAGCCAUUGUCACCUGAUUCCAUUUCCUCUGACUCUGUCCUCAAAAGGCAGCAUCUGAUUGUGAUUUGGCCCAGAAAUUCCUAGCCAGAAUAUUUCCAGUGUGGUUCUUGUGAACUUUCCCCUUUCCCUCUCUUCCCUCCUCCCUCCCUCAUUUCUUCAUUGGGGAGAAAGAAUUUGGCAUUGGAGUAUCUUACUCUGUCUUGCUAAGCAGUUUAGUUAGACUGCAGGUCAGUCUCUGUGGUGUGACCACCCCCCAGUGGCAAGGAGCGGCCAAAACUGAACUUCUGGGCAAGACAUGGGUAGAGCAAAGAGAGACCACACUUGGCACUUGCUGCCCAGAAAGGACCUGCUCAAGCCUGGCUGGCCUUUGCCACAUUCAUUUCCAGUUCUGUUCAUCCAUACUUUCAAAGCUUUAGUGAUGAAGUACUAUGGGUCAGGAAGGAUGCCCCGCACUCGAUGAAACAGACAUCUUCUCCACCCACCUUUGUGGAGCUUUCGUGUAGUGGAGGGGACAGCUUCCACCCAGGAACGAUGUUGUUAUCCACUGUGAUGACUUCUGGGGAGAUAUGGGAGGGAAUAACAAAGGGGACAUGAUGGGAACUGGAGAGGGACUCUCCAGGAAGCCACAUUUAGGUGGUGACCUCAAGGGUGAGGAAGAAUUAGCCAGAUAGAAAGUUAAAGGUAGCAGCUGGUGCACCUCUUGAGGGUGGACGGAGGAUGGGCUGCUUGAUGAACUGGUGUGGGCCAGUAUGGCCAGGUGCAGCCAGCAACAGGGAGGCCCAGGAUGGGCAGAACCUGGGGGCCUGAAUGGUGGAGUCCACUCAUCACCGCAAGAGACACAUCAGGAAGCUAGAAGGUCAGCUGGGGGAGACAGGAUGUGACACACUGGCCAUCACCACAGGUAGAAGGGAUUGGAAACAGUAGCCCGGAGAGGGGCUGUCAUGGUAGGAUCCUACAGUGACUGAUGGAUGCCUGUUGUUUAUGAUCUUACCCGUGAAAGCGCUAAGGAUGCGCCUGCUUGCUUACCCGUGGGAUCAGCCCUACCUUCCAUGCUGCUGAACAUAUUCUUAUGCGAGGGAAAGAACAAAAAGGAAAGUUGGCAAGAAAGAGAGGGCAAAGAGAGACUGGGAGAAAAAGAGGCCCGAUUUCCUCUCUCUGGUAGUUGCUGAAUUGGCGCUCAAGAAGGCAGAAAGGGAAGGGCUGACUUAUGUCCCUCUGCCAGGAGAGGGGAAAGGAGGGAGGCACGAUAUUGACUUAAACGUGGGGGAUUUAAAAGGCCCCUAUGUUCCCACUUUGUGCUUUGCUUCUAACAGACAGCCUGGGAACUUUGAAGUCAGUCUGGCCCAGUGGGGAGCGGGCUUCUGUGGAGACAAGAUGCUAACGGGGGCGGGAGAAGGGGGCCAGGGGGCGGCUGAAACUCUAUUAGGCAUGCUCUAGCAAAAAGAAAGGCAAAUCCAAUGAUAAUGUACAUCUGUUUCAGGGAAUUUAUAAGCUUUGAACAUUUUUUAUGGGCAGAUAAGUGGGUCCUUUUCUUACCAUAACUUAGAACUUCAAAGCUGAGUGUGUGGAUAAUGCAAAUUGCUGAAAUAUGAGAUUUUCCCUACAAAGAGGUUUCCAAAAAAGAUGAGGAAGAAAAAGAGAUGGGGGAGAGAGAGAACGAAGGCUAAUUGAUGCCACAGUCUUUUAUGUACACGGCGAAAACGGGACAGAAAUUGAUUUUUAUGAAAUAAGAAAUUGAUGGGAGAGACAUGGGGAGGGGCGGAGGCAGCCUCAAGGCAGGUGCUGGGAGGCAGGGACUGGGGCUGGGUGCGGCAGCCUCCCCGGCUGGCUGUGGGUCAGCCCUGCAGGGUUGAGCUGCCUGGCUGUGACUCAGGCCCUGGGGCACAUCACCCUCCCUCUACGAGCCUUAAUGGGGAAGACAAGAAGAACACUGUCACUUGUAACGGGCAUGCAAGGACACUUCAGAGCCAGCCAAGGCAGUGUCAGCCCAGAAGAACACCCUGGAACAUCCAAGGGGGCUCUGAGGCAGGAUGGAACCCCCUGGUUUGGGGAAAUCAGGAAAGGCCUCCUGGAGGAGAGGCGAUUUAGGGGACAGGUAUGAUCCUGAGGAAGGUCAGUGGGGUGGGACAUUUCAGAUGGCAAAACAGUUGGAUCAGUAUAUCCCCAGUGUCGUGCCUCUGCCACCCAGAUCCCACCACACUCAGCCCUCUGUGCUUGUCUUGUCUCCCACAUCCCUAACCCCAGGAACUAUCAGGAACACAGUAAACAUUCAGUGCAUGCUUGUUGAAUGAAUGAAUAAAUGAAAGUGAAAUAGUGAGAACACAGAGCUGGUUGGCAUGCAGCAUCAACCAGCUGUUUCUUUUCACUACGUUACAUAUCUACAGUGGCAGAGUCAUACUAGAAUGGGUGACAGGAUGGUGUUGUGGUCCCUGUAGUCGAUCCCGUCAUCCUUUCUGCCCACAGAUGAUUCAUCUAAGUCAGACAUGGCAAAGCCCUCACCUUUGUCAGUGAUUGGUUCAGGAAAGAUCAUGGGAUCCUAUUCUGGCCAAUUAGAUCUGAAGGGAAGUCUGUGGAGGAACUUGUAACAUGUCUUGGUGGCAGCUAUCUUGCUACAGCCUGAGGACUACAGAGCACAGAAAAAGAGAGCCCUGGGUCCUCAGGGAUGUUGUUGUAUAAGCAUUCAUACACCACCUGGCAGCCACCCAGUGUCUGCACUUUAGAUGUUUGGUUUUUCUCAGGAGGAGAUCCCGAGAUGAAGACUCAGGAGCAAGUUGUUGGUUUUGAGGUGGUCCUGGGAAAGACUGGGAGGAGAGUAGGGAAGUGAGGUGGGAAGGGAAGGGAAGUAAAUGUGGGCACCUGGAGCUUAAUCCUGAGGAACUCCAGAAGCCCACGUGGAACACACCUCAGAGUUAUCCCACCUGCACAGGAAGGGAGCCGAGGUAUCUCUCCACUCAUCCUUGUCAGUCAUCGGUCAAGGGCUAUUUCAGUGCACAGGCAUAGGCUUCAGCGGAACUGCAGGUACUGGCAGUUGGAAAUUGGACCCGCAAACACAAAUGAUUCCUACAGGGGAUCCAAGCCAGGCACAGGCAGUGUCUGUUACUUGGGGUUUCUGUUGCUGAGAGUCGAAAGCAUCCUAACCCAUGCCACGUGAUCAUAGAAGGGCCUCAGAGGAAAAGGAGAGGGGUUUGGACAUUUUCCUGCAAAUCCAUGGGGAGCCAUUCAAGGCUUGAGGCAGGUGUCAACCACGAGAACAUUAAACGGGCUCUUUUGGCAGCAGAGUUGGGAGUGGUGUUGAGGUAACUAGGAAGACUCCACAGAGGCUCAGCGACUGCCUCUAUCUGAUACUCUGCCCGCAUCCUGGGUGAUUUCCACAGGUGCUUGAACCCCAGUCUCUCAAUGUUAUGGCCCUCACCAUCACAAAGGCCUCCCUUUUCUCUCUUCCAUAGCCACUCACUCCUGGGCCCGCUAUGAACCCAGAAAUGCCGCAGCACAGAAGCCACACACUUGGCCAUCUUCUGUCCUCAUUCCCGUCCUUCUCACCAUCAGUCCCACUUGGUUCUUCCUGGAGUCCCUUUCAUUCCCUCAUUCCCACUUCCUGCUGCUGUAGAGCUGCCUGUGGCCUGGAUUUGCACUCUCGGUCUAAAACCCUCAUCUCCAACACCUCUGUCUUUCUGCCCCAUCCACUGGACAAAAGGUGACCCUGGAGAACAUUGCGCACUCAGAAUCAAGGGCUCUGGGGUCAGAUGGACAAUUGCCAUUAUCCUAAAAAAGUUGCCACUGGACUUUCUUGUCCCUAAAUCCGCUGGGCAUUUCAUUGCUACUUUUCUUGACUUCCUGACUGUUUUAGUGGUACUGACAUGUCCUCCCUUUCAGAACACCCUGUGCCCUUGGAUUCUGUGCACAGGAAACUAGUUGCAGCCCUGGAUACACUCUUUCUUCCUUGUAAUAGAGCCUUUGAUUUUGAGUCCAGGAAUAAAGACUACAGUUCUGAGACUCUUUUGCAAAUAAAUAUUGUGACUAAACUCUAGUCAAUAGUGUCAUGUAGCAGCUCCUGGGAACAUUCUUUUAAAAGAGAGGUUGUUUAUACCUAUUGUCAUCUCUGUUCUUCUGUGUCCCUUCUUCUAUUUUGCUCCCUGGAAAGCAGAUGUGAUGGCUGGAAUUCCAGCCACCAUUUUGGACCAUGAGGACAACCCCCUAGAAAUGGUGGAAUGGCUGAAAGAAGCCUGUGUUCCUGAGAACUUACCAGGACCUCUAUUCCAGGCUUGGACACCUACAUUUAGACUAUCAUAUGAGGAAGCAAUCAACUUCUCACGUCCCUCAAUCGCUUUCACUUACAGCCAAACCUGAAUUCUAAGUGAAAUCGCUUUCUUGAGAUCAAAACUGUUGGAUUUUCUAUAGAAGCCCUGGGGCCACUUUGAGCAGUCAGAUUUGUCCGAUCCUCCUUUAAAGAUGGUGGCAAUAAAACUGGGACAUGGGACCUGACUGGGCUUUGUUUGCAACUUCCUGACAAUCUAUAAUUAUUUCAAAAUAAAAAUAAUUUAAAA